AUGGCUUCCGGCCUGGUGAAGCUGUAUUUCGGAUUGCCAGAGAAUAGUUGCCAGAACAAUUGGGGUGUCUCCAUCUGUUUUCUUCAAUUUCGGGCUUUUUUGGUAAGUUCUUCACAGUUUUUUGUCUGGUUUUAGGUUUGAAUGGAUGAAUCUCGAUGGGGAAAAGAAGUUAUUGUGAGGAAAUGGAUUAGAAAUGUGUUUUAUAGUUCUGGAAAGAGUUUUGGGUUCUUUUUGUGAGAAGUUUGGUUCGAUUUUUUAAUUUUUUUGGGGAAUUUGAUAUUUUGGACAUGGUGAAGGUAAAAAUUCUUUUGAAGGUCAAUUUUUCUUUGUGGAGACGGAUGGUAUAGCUGGAACAGAGUUUGUUAAUCGGUGUUAAAUCAUUUACCGGUUUGGUAGCGUUACCUGCCUAGUUCAGCUACCUAUUCGUCAGCUGCUGCAUAAAAUAAGGUUAUCUUAAAGUACUGAUUUUAAAAGUUUAAACAAUCAGUAUGAGCUGCUUAAUGAACUUCUAACCUUUAUAUUACAGCUAACCAAGACUGCCGGACUCCCUGUUUUUUGGUUUGAUCACGAGAAUUUGGCCGAAUUUGAAGUUAUCCGUGAGGCGGAGGAUCCGAAUCUCGACGAUCGGGUCUUUGUGCUCCCUGAAUUUUAUGGUCAAUGUUACGAAUAUCUGAAGACCAUUGAAGUAAAGUGAGCUCUUUUUCUUUUCAUUUUCUUUACGUUUAGGACGAUUUACCUGAAAUUUAAAUUAUUUUAGGAUAGUUUCCCCUCUGGUGAUCCUUCAGUGCUAUUUUUGGGAGCGGCAAUUGCCCAUGAGAAUGAACCCUACCUGGUCUACAAUUCUUUCCGGUCAUUAUAUCACUGUUUACGGGUUUAGAUUACAUGAAGAGAUAAGUUUUUACAAAAUUAUCUUUGAAUUUUGAAUUUUAAAACGCGUUUUACUACAAACCGUAGAUUGGCCCGGACAUUGUUGAGUCGAUGUCUCAGAACUCAACCAAAAUUGGUUUACCGAAUCACCAAUCGGUAUGGAGCAAUCGCUUGAUUUUUUUUUGCCCAUAGUCGUUAUAUGGUGGAUUACUGUAACUUUCUUUCUGAGAAAAGAGUUGCCUUUUCUGCAGAUAUGGUGCGGUAUUUUAGUGAGACCGAACCACCACUUUAUGUUUUCGACCAUGUAGAACAUUUUUGUAAUUAUGACCAAAAGAUCAGAAUUACAUCUAAGCAAUGUUUCGCCGGCGGUAACGUACCAUUUCGGGCAUAAAAUCGGCUACUGUAGCCAGAUGCAUUUUUAAAUACGGUAAAAAGAAACUUCAACCUUCAUCCAAUAACCCAUAAAAAUUUCAAAAAAAUCAAAUAUACAACUUUUGAGAAAAUGGGCAUUCAAUAUCUCAUGUACAAGGUCAUCUGGGCCCGAAAAAAUCUGGCAUUCUUGGGAUUCCAACGGGAUGCACUUUUUCAAAGUUUCUAAUACAUUCUGAGGCUGAUUAAAGAUGAUAUGGCAAGUUUCAGGAGAAAAAAAUAUACAACUUUCGAGAAAUUGACCAAAAUACCUUAUUUUAGGUCAUCAGAACGCCGAAAAAGUCUGGCAUUCUUGGGAUUCCAACGGGAUGCACUUUUUCAGAGUUUCUAAUACAUUCUGAGGCUGAUUAAAGAUGAUAUGGCAAGUUUCAGGAGAAAAAAUAUACAACUUUCGAGAAAUUGACCAAAAUACCUUAUUUUAGGUCAUCAGAACGCCGAAAAAGUCUGGCAUUCUUGGGAUUACAGGUUGUAGCACUUUUUGAUAGCCUCUAAUACAUUAUUAGCCUUGCAAACGAUGAUAAUGAAAAUUUCAGGCGAAAAAAAUGCACAACUUUCGAGAAAAUGACCAAAAGACCUUAUUUUAGGUCAUCAGAACCCCGAAAAAACUGGCAUUCUUGGGAUUUGAGGUUGUAGCACUUUUUGAUAGCCUCUAAUCUUUAAUCAGCCUCAGAAUGUAUUAGAAACUUUGAAAAAGUGCAUCCCGUUGGAAUCCCAAGAAUGCCAGACUUUUUCGGCGUUCUGAUGACCUAAAAUAAGGUAUUUUGGUCAAUUUCUCGAAAGUUGUAUAUUUUUUUCUCCUGAAACUUGCCAUAUCAUCUUUAUUCAGCCUCAGAAUGUAUUAGAAACUCUGAAAAAGUGCAUCCCGUGGGAAUCCCAAGAAUGCCAGACUUUUUCGGCGUUCUGAUGACCUAAAAUAAGGUAUUUUGGUCAAUUUCUCGAAAGUUGUAUAUUUUUUUCUCCUGAAAAUUGCCAUAUCAUCUUUAUUCAGCCUCAGAAUGUAUUAGAAACUCUGAAAAAGUGCAUCCCGUUGGAAACCUAAGAAUGCCAGACUUUUUCGGCGUUCUGAUGACCUAAAGUAAGGUAUUUUGGUCAAUUUCUCGAAAGUUGUAUAUUUUUUCUCCUGAAACUUGCCAUAUCAUCUUUAUUCAGCCUCAGAAUGUAUUAGAAACUCUGAAAAAGUGCAUCCCGUUGGAAUCCCAAGAAUGCCAGACUUUUUCGGCGUUCUGAUGACCUAAAAUAAGGUAUUUUGGUCAAUUUCUCGAAAGUUGUAUAUUUUUUUCUCCUGAAACUUGCCAUAUCAUCUUUAAUCAGCCUCAGAAUGUAUUAGAAACUUUGAAAAAGUGCAUCCCGUUGGAAUCCCAAGAAUGCCAGACUUUUUCGGCGUUCUGAUGACCUAAAAUAAGGUAUUUUGGUCAAUUUCUCGAAAGUUGUAUAUUUUUUUCUCCUGAAACUUGCCAUAUCAUCUUUAUUCAGCCUCAGAAUGUAUUAGAAACUCUGAAAAAGUGCAUCCCGUUGGAAUCCCAAGAAUGCCAGACUUUUUCGGCGUUCUGAUGACCUAAAAUAAGGUAUUUUGGUCAAUUUCUCGAAAGUUGUAUAUUUUUUUCUCCUGAAACUUGCCAUAUCAUCUUUAAUCAGCCUCAGAAUGUAUUAGAAACUUUGAAAAAGUGCAUCCCGUUGGAAUCCCAAGAAUGCCAGAUUUUUUCGGGCCCAGAUGACCUUGUACAUGAGAUAUUGAAUGCCCAUUUUCUCAAAAGUUGUAUAUUUGAUUUUUUUGAAAUUUUUAUGGGUUAUUGGAUGAAGGUUGAAGUUUCUUUUUGCCGUAUUUAAAAGUGCAUCUGGUUACAGUAGCCAAUUUUAUGCCCGAAAUGGUAUGUUACCGCAGGCGAAACAUUGCUUACAAGGAAAGUACUUUUAUGGGGGCUCCUACUUUUUGACGGGACAUAUCUCAAAAAAUCAGAAAAAAUGUGCUGAUCAAGGAUAUAUAAAUCUUAGCUGCCCAUUUUAGGUUUUUAUAGGUGAAAAUGCCCAAAAACUGGCUUAUUUUCCCUACAAAAGGUACAGGCAUUCGAAACGAUAAAAAGCGCAGUCGGUCUCUUCCUUCGGAAGAGAGCGGUGUGGCCGAGUGGCUAGGGCCGUAGUCUGGAAAUCAAGAGGGGGAACGCCGCACGGGUUCGAUUUCCCUUUUGGGCUGAAUCAACUUUUUUUGAAGUUGAUGGUCGGAAAAAUAAAUUUUUUGGCCAAGACAGAUUUAUUCCGUCUUAGAAACAAAAUAAACAUUAUUUUAAGCCAAAAUAAAAAUUGUAAACCUUUGAAAAAUUAAGCGAAAAGGGGUUUAUAUAGGACUUUAAAUCAACUUGCGAUGGAUUUUUCACCCCUAAAAACCUAAAAUGGGCAGCUAAGAUUUCUAUAUCCUUGAUCAGCAUAUUUUUUCUGAUUUUUUGAGAUAUGUCCCGUCAAAAAGUAGGAGCCCCCAUAAAAGUACUUUCCUUGUUAGAUGUAAUUUUGAGCUUUUGGCCAUAAUUACAAAAAUAUUCUGCGUGGUCGAAAACAUACACCAGAACUCGAUUUGUGCUAAAAUAGAGCUUCGUUUUCUUGAUUAGGCCAUAUCUUUUUUUAAAAAAAAUGUUACAGUAUGCCGUCAUACGGUAAUUUUGGGCAAAAAGAAAGAAAGCGAAUGUUUUACCUGCCAUGAUGAUCAAGUUGACCGAUUUUGGUUAAAUUCUGAGAUACCGAUUUUAACAAUGUCCGCCCUCUGUUAGGCUAAACUCCAAAGUGUGGCAAAACGCGUUUUAAGUAAUUUGAUGGGUGAAAUAUUUUCAGGAUGAAGUUCGAGCUAGAAUACUAAGGUUAGGAGGGUGUGUUCGACGGGUUUUGAAUGAGAAAACGUCAAUUUUGCUGGUGAAAGAAUUUGAUCAAAAUGAUGCCAUGGUUCAGGUAAUGAAAUUUAUUUUUUUCUAUUUUUAACUUUAGGGGGUUGUGUCAAAUAGUGGUUGAAAUGUCAUUUACUGCAAGAAAAAACGUCUUGAGGGUUAAAACUUUUCCUAAAUUUACCUAUAAUGCUAAUAAAUUUUAUGCCAAAGUUAAAAAUUAAGACUGAAAAAAUGCAAACCAAAAAUAAACUUUUUUUAAUGACGUAUUUUACAACCAAAUCUGCCUUUUCAGGAUGCUCUGGCCGAAAAUGUAAAUGUAGUUGGGGUCGGAUGGCUAGACGAGAUUUGGGACCGCGCACACACAAUCGAGAACGGGGAAAAUGAUUUCCUCUGCGAAGAAUUGUUCUCCGCAUUUCCACCGCCCGAGGAAAUCAAUGUCUUGCCGGGAAUUCCGGUCGAAGAUGCGAAAGUCAACAAAUGGGUGAAUAAUAUCACAAGUCAAGUGUCAAUAUCGACGGUUAGAGACAGUGAUACGACUGCAAAUCAGAGUGUAAGUACUCAGAUAUCAGUUUGGGGUGUUGGAUUGUUUGCUGGUGACAUUUUAUACGAUGAAACGUGUCUUUGGUUAUCAUACAUAUUUCAUCGUAUAAAAUGUCACCUUAGCAGGAGAAUGGAGAAACAUGUCUUAAACUUAAUAAACUUUGUUUUCAGAGUCAUUCCAAUAAUAAUAAAGAGAAUACGACACCACAAAACAGUGAAAACCAUCGAAAUUCGACGACGAAUCGUGAUGUUACGGUACCAACGAAGACCCCACAGACCUCUAAAAUAGCUCCUCAAGAUCUGAACAGAACCGUUGACUCUCUGGAUGAAGAGCUCAUCAUAGAUGAUGUUGUUAUGACUCAAGAUUUGAGUGGUGGAGCGCCAAGUGCGGUUACUGUAAUCAGAUGCACUCCUGAUUUGACUGACGUCCAGGAAGAAGUCGUCUUGGAUAACAGUGGAAAUGAAGUUUAUGAUGAUGAAGCGGAACGUCCGAAAAUUGACAUCAGCGCUGUAAAUAUUUCAUUCGAGUCGGACGGUAGGGAUUUUAUUACGUCUGUUAUUAGUUGUGAUAGAGUGGAGCCAGCGGAGACAUUUUAUACGAUGAAAUAUGCUUUUUUGUUGGGACACGUUUUAUUGUAUAAAGUGUCCCACAUGUCUUGGAAAAAAUUUUUAGUUGAACUUUAUUUUUUUAAUACUUAUUUUAAUGAUUUCGAACAUUUUAGCGGCAUUUUAUAUGAUUAAUAAUAAUGUAAAAAUCGGGUUAGUGUGCUCUUUUUUGGCCUAAAACUCGAUGAAACACCUGUAAUUUGUAAUGAAACUGAUAGAUUGUGAUUUUCAGCGCCUCUUCCCGAACCAACUGAGCGUGAAAUUAUUAGCGACACUCUGAAAUCGACCAGUAAACGGCUCGAAGAUUUCAUCUCCUCGCCAACUCAAAGAAGAUUGAACAAGUUGCUGGCCGAGACCGCGACUCAAGCCAUCAUCGUCCAUCAAGAUGAGAGAACGGACCAUGUUGGCGAUAUGGAAGCAGAGGAGAUUAGUGAAGUGGGAAUGGCGCAACACAACGAAGAAGAUGACGAAUUAUCGGAGGUUGAAAGUAUCGGCAGUGAUUAUCAGAGGUACCUAGAGAGAGGAGCGGAGUUCUCACCGUUGGCUAGUCCGGUAAGAAAUUUUUUAUUUAUAUUUGGAGUUGUUUUUGAGAGUGGUGACAUUUUAUACGAUGAAAAAAAAUUAAGAUGAAAAUUUUUCAUCGUAUGCAAUGUUGCUUAUCAAAAUGGUUCCGUUGGACUCUAGAUAGACACUCAAAAUACAUUUUUGCUCUUUGGUUCGGGUUGUGACAUUUUAUACGACGAAAUAUGCUUCCUAAUUGAAUAACAUUUUUCAUCGUAUAAAAUGUCUCCGAAUAACUUUUGUAAAUUUAAUUGUAGAAAUUAAUGAUCCCAAUUUCAGAUAGAGAAGGUUCCAUAUGAAAAGCGACACUUUGUAUAUACAGACAAGAAGCGAAAACGGGUUCGAAUUCCAUCACCUAAUGAUAGUAUAAUGUCCCCCGACUUUAACAAUGAAAAUGACAAUUUCUCGAGGUCCAAAUUGAAGGCCGAACCAUCCACCAGAUUGGCAACUGCUUUGGGGCCACCGAUCACGCGACGAUUUGGCCAUAAUAUUGUUUGGCAGGACAAGUAAGGAGAAUUUAGUCGAUUUUUGAUGUUGAAAGCAGUAUAAAACAAGUUUUUAUUCCUUUCAGAAUGUUCAACCCGAACCUAGAGAUGACCCAACAGCCCGUCCUCCCUCCCACCCAGUAUUCCCAGUUUCUGAGAGAUGUAAAUCAACGGAAAGAGCAAUUCGACAGUAUGAGGCAACAAUCAAACGGUCAUAAUUGA